AUGGAAACUUCUACUUAUGUCAUAAUAGGCUGUGGUGGUUUCAUAAUUUUAUACACCGCAGUGUCGUGUCUUCUUGCUUCGAGGGAGAAGGAGACUAACACUGAUGAGCCUUCACAAAAUGCCAACAACCAGAGGACCGGAGCUGUGCGAACAAGCGAUGGCGGCUUCAUGUUAUAUCCAGCCGCUGCGUCUCUUCCUACUCUCUCCGGCUCCGACAAUAACCGACACCAUCACGCCGGCUAUCAUCACGGUGGUCAUCAUAAUGGUGGCCAUCACUCCGGCGGUGGUUUUAGUGGUGGUGGACAUCACGGCGGCGGUGGUUUUAGUGGUGGUGGACAUCACGGCGGCGGUGGUUUUAGUGGAUGUGGCGGUGGUGGUGGCGGAGGAAGUUAG